UACUGGACUUCACUGGACCUGAUCUGCUGGAGUGUGGUGUGCUUGAACGGCUUGGUAAACUUGCCGACGUCCCAAAAUAAAAACAAGGCAUAAAACAACAACGAUCACAAAAUGUCCAGUGUAACUACAAGGCAAUCUUCCUACAAAAGGAUGUUUGGUGGGGAGAGAUCUAUCGCUCCUAGUACUUCUUUCUCAAGCCGCCGGUAUUCCAGUCCGAUUCGAUCCAGGGUAUCCUACAGCAUGUCUGCUCCCCCCGCCAUCUAUGCGACCAACACCAGUAGGCUCCGGUCCAGUGCUACGAUGCCCAGGCUGUCCACGGAAACCUCAGACUUUUCCUUGUCCGAUGCCGUUAUAACCGAUUUUAAAGCUAGUAAGUCCAACGAGAUGGCGGAGAUGCAGCACCUUAACGACAGGUUCGUCAGUUAUAUCGAGAAGGUGUGCUUUCUGGAGCAGCAGAACAAGAUCCUGCUAGCGGAGCUGGAGCAGUUGCAGGGCAAGGGCAUCUCUCGCGUUGGAGACCUCUAUAAAGAGGAGAUGAGAGAGCUUCGUGGGCAAGUGGACCAGCUCACCACCGACAAAGCCAGGGUUGAGGUCAUGCGUGAUAACCUAGAUGAUGAUCUCCAGAGGCUCAGGGAGAAAAUCCAGGAUGAAAUGCGUCUUCGAGAGGAAGCCGAGAACAACCUGCAGAGUUUCAGACAAGAUGUUGACCAUGCGUCUCUGGCCCGUCUGGAUCUGGAGCGUAAGGUGGAGUCCCUGCAGGAGGAAAUUGCCUUUUUGAAGAAACUCCAUGAUGAAGAAGUGGCUGAGCUGCAAGCCCAGAUUCGGCAUCAGCAUGUCCAGAUUGACAUGGAUGUGGUCAAACCAGACCUCACAGUAGCUCUCCGUGAUGUACGCACACAGUAUGAAUCUCUAGCAUCGAAGAACAUUGCUGAAGUGGAAGAAUGGUACAAGUCCAAGUUUGCGGACCUUACGGAGGCUGCUGCCCGUAAUAAUGAAGCCCUUCUCCAGGCCAAACAGGAGUCCACUGAGUAUCGCCGACAGGUGCAAGCUCUCACCUGUGAAGUGCAUGCACUCAAGGGAACUAAUGAGUCUCUGGAACACCAGAUGCAUGAGGUGGAGGAAAACUUUGCCUUGGAAUCCUCCAGAUCCCAGGACACCAUUGCCCACUUGGAGGUUGACAUCCGCAACAUGAAAGAUGAGAUGGCCCGUCACCUGCGCGACUACCAGGACCUGCUUAAUAUAAAGAUGGCUCUGGACAUGGAGAUAGCUACCUACAGAAAGCUUCUGGAGGGAGAGGAGACCCGGAUUGCCACCCCAGGUCCCAUGUUUUCCUCACUAAAUCUAAGAGGUCAGGCAUUUGUUUUUGUAAUAAAUGUUUGUGGGGGGGGGUUUGUUCACUGGUGAUAUAAAAGUGGGGAA